AUGCCGAAUAUUCAAGAAAAGCCAGAGACUUCCGAAAAGGACGUGGAGGUAGCCUUGAGCCAUGCUACGGACCUCCAUCGUGUUUCUGUCGGAUAUGGAGAACAAUUGCCAGACCCAUCAACGUCAACCACAAAUAAGUCCUUGCUGAGAAAGAUCGAUUGGCGUCUGUUGCCAAUCAUGAUGAUAUCCUAUAUGCUUCAAUUUCUUGACAAGCAAAGUUUGUCCCAAUCCGCCAUUAUGGGCAUCGUAGAAGACCUGGGAUUGACUGGCAAUGAGUACUCUUGGUCAGGCUCGAUCUUCUACUUCUCAUACCUUGUAUUUUCAUACCCUGCCUCCAUGCUCAUGGUUCGGCUGCCGAUUGCGAAGUUUCUCGCCACAACACUCUUUCUUUGGGGUGUCGUGCUUGCAUGCCACGCUGCUACGCAUAACUUCUCUGGACUUAUGGUUACUCGCUUCUUUCUGGGUUUAACUGAAGCAGCUAUUUCUCCUGGUUUCAGCCUGAUCACUGGCAUGUGGUAUACCAGGUCCGAGCAGCCAUUUCGCCAUGGUGUAUGGUUCGCUGGUAACUCUAUUGCAACAGCAUUUGGGGGGCUGGUAGCAUAUGGUGUCGCUCAUAUUGUCGGCUCCAUCCCCGCCUGGAAGUGGCUAUUUAUUAUUUAUGGACUGAUUACCGUUGCCUGGUCGAUUGUGUUUCUGCUAUUCAUGCCAGACUCUCCGUUAUCCGCUCGAUUUCUCUCCCAACCCGAACGCUCUGAGGCUGAAGAACGAGUCAAAGUGAACCAAACAACUAUCAAACACGACAAGAUUGAGUGGCAUCAGGUAUGGGAGGCCUUGACAGACUACAAGAUUUACAUCUUGUUCUUGUUCCAGAUAGCCAACAAUAUCCCCAAUGGGGGUUUGACCAUGUUCUCGGCAUUGGUCGUGAAAGGCUUCGGAUUUUCAACGUUACAAGUUUACCUUUUGUCAAUACCAACUGGCGCUGUGCACGCACUCUUUGCUCUAGGAAGUACCUACCUUGCCUCCAGGUUUCGAAAUAUCCGUUGCAUGCUACUGGCUGGUUGCACAGCGAUUGCUCUUGUUGGGAGUAUUUUGGUCUACGCCUGUGAAAGCACAGGACUCCGCCUAUUCGGUCUCUACCUGUUUGUUGCCUAUGCGGCGGGUAUUCCCAUGACCCUCUCCAUGGUCUCAUCCAAUGUUGCUGGCUUUACUAAAAAGGCGACUGUGAGCGCGAUGAUGUUCAUCGCUUACUGCGCAGGAAAUAUCAUCGGUCCAUUUUUGUUUUUCGCGCGUGAAGCUCCGGGCUACAAGAGCGGUUUCAUCGCAAUGAUGGUGUGUCUUGGGGUAGCAACUGUUCUGAUCCUAGCCCUAGGGUUUUGUUGGCGGUUGGAAAACUCACGGAGAGAUCGGGUAUACGGGCCUACGGCCUUUAUGCCGACGAAUGGACCCAAGGAACUAGCUCAGGGGGUAUCUGGGACGACAGAGGAUCUAACCGAUGUUCAGAAUACGGCGUUCAGAUAUGUCUUCUAA